AUGUCUUCCGGGAGCACCUCUUCGAUGUUGGCAGAAGCUGCUGGCGCUCCGGAGAUAGGCCCGGCUGUGCUGGCUGUGCGGCCUUCCACGGUGCCGGGUGCAGGAUUGGGGCUCUUCGCAGCAGAGGAUAUCGAACCCCUCACCAUAAUUGGCGAGUACACGGGUGAAGUGAAAGAUUUGGCCUCGUACGGUGCCAAAGUUGAUCGGCUAGGCCACAGCGAGCUGCACCCCUUCUAUCUCCGACCCGGUCUUCUGGUCGACCCGACGGAUGAGCAUGGCUGUUUGCAUCCAGAGUCUUUGUCCAUGGCCUUCACGAACGAAGCACCGCCAGAUGGAGAGUACAACACCCUUGCUCUUUACUGCCUCCGGGCUGGACUUCCACCUGCCGUCUUCUUCUGCACCCAGCAGCUAGUCCGUGCAGGAAGUGAGCUUUUCGUUUGCUACGGAUACGAUCAUCCUCGGCAAUAUGCCCUUGCAGAGCCGACUCCAGAAGCGGACGCGUUGAAGCGCCGAGAAGUCUGCGCGAGGCAUCCGCAACUAUGUCCGGACUUUCCUCCUCCGGUGGAAACCGUUGACCACCCAACCGUUUCGAAGGAGUUGCACCGUCAGGACAAGGCCGAAAUGCAAGCCAUCCCUGCAGCGAUGUCAAACUUCGAGGUGGGAACGGAGCAGUGGCGGACGGAUCUGUCUGAUGUUGUUCUGCCAACUCCGACCUACGAUUCCGACUCGGAUUGA